AUGUUCAACUCUGUGGAAAGUCGUUAUUCACAGCCAAAACUUGAGUUAUAUGGUGUACUUCAUGCAUUCAAGGCUGAAAGACAUCAUCUAUAUAAUAUACAUUUCAAGUUACAAGUGGACGCAUCUGCUCUAAUCCAGAUGAUAAAUUCCCCCAACUUGCCCAAUGCCGCUAUGACCUUUGAGAUUGAACAUAAUCCAGCUGACAAGCACAAGGCCCCAGAUGGAUUGUCAAGACAUCGGCAGGCAGAUGAGGAUUCCGACUUCAGUGAUGGGGAGAUUGCCAUUGAGGAGGGUGUAAAGUUCCUCAAGCUGCUAGACCUCAAACAAGAUGAGGAUUUCUGUGAGAUGUCCAUGGCCGAGUUCCUGACUGAGGAAAUCGAUCCCUGUGAAACCUCCAAGAUCAAUGAGACCUGA